AUGUCAAAAGAUCAAGAAAGUAAUCAAAAAGUCUUGGAAGUAGAGAAAACUACUCCUAUAAAGGAGAUUGAAGAUUCAUCAUCUACCACUACAGAUAAUGAAAGUCUUGUUGAAGAACUAGAACCAGAUUUAAAAGAUAUACCGAGAGUUGUAAGAGAUGUUGUUACAUUAGAAGAUGAUCCAAUAUCAUUAAAAGAAAUAUUUACUGUUAGAUAUGUUAUAUUAAGUAUUAUAUUUAUUGUACCUGGUGCAUUUAUAGAUACAAUGAAUUCAUAUCGUACAACUUCAGCAGCAUAUUCAAUAUUUUUUGUACAAAUUGCUUCACAUUAUGUUGGAAAAUGGUUAUCAAGAGUAUUACCUAAAAAAUCUAUUGGAUUUGGUAAAUAUAAAAUUUUAUUAAAUGAUGGAAAAGAACAUACUAUUAAACAUACAGCAAUGAUUGUUUUAACUGCUUCAUCUGGAGCUACUGGAUCAUUAGGUUUAAAUUCCCUAAGUCUUUCAGAAAUAUAUUAUAAUCAAAAAGUUAAUCCAGCAGUUGCUUUAUUUUUUAUGUGGUCAAUUGUGUUCUUGGGUUAUAGUUAUGCAGGUAUUGCAAGAAAUUUUUUAAUUUAUGAUCCUCAAUAUACUUUUCCUUCAGCUUUAAUGCAAGUAAAUUUAUUUAAUACUCAAAAAAAAUCAGAUGAUGAUAUUGGUAAUGGUAAUAAAUUAAUGAAAGUAUUUUUUUGGGUUAUUAUUGGAGUUACAAUUUAUCAUUUUUUACCAGAAUAUGUUAUGCCUUUAUUAACUUCAAUUUCAAUUAUAUGUUAUUGUGGAAGUAGAAAUUAUAAAGCAACAUUUUUAGGAAGUGGAUUAGGUGGUGCUGGUAUUUUAACAUUAACUGGUGAUUGGGCAAAUAUAACAAGUAGUAUUAUGAUUAAUCCUUAUUUUAUUCAAGUUAUUCAAUUUAUUGCUUAUGUUAUUGCUGCAUGGAUUUUAAUUCCAUCGGUAAAAUUUGGAAAUUUAUCUAAUUUUAAAGCUGGUUUAAUGUCAAAUAGUUUAUUUUUAUCAAAUGGUACUAAAUAUCCAUAUACUUCUAUUUUAACUCCAGAUUUUCAAUUAAAUGAAACAAAAUAUGAAGAAUUAGGACCAGUUAGAAUGGGAGCUCAAAGAUGUUGGAAUAUGUUUUUUGAUUUUGCAGCUUAUGUUUCGGGUUUUGUUUGGGUUGUUUUAUUUGGUUAUAAAAGUUUACUGAAAUCUUUUGGAAAAAUUAAAGCAUCUUUUAAAUCUAAUGGUUCACUUUUUCAACAAUAUAAUGAUAGAUUAAAUAAAAGACAAUCUGUUUAUAAAGAUGUUCCUUUAUAUUGGUUUGCAAUUUUAUUUGGUUCUUGUUUUAUAACUUUAUUAGUUAUAUUUGCAACUGAUAGUUUAUUUAUGCCAUGGUGGUGUCUUUUUGUUGCAUUAGCUUUUGGUGUUGUUAUAGUUACUCCAUUAUGUUGGCUUUAUGCACUUACUAAUUUCCAAUUACCUAUUGGUACUUUUAAUGAAUUAAUAUAUGGUUAUAUGAUACAAACUAGAUCAAAAAGACAUCCAGCAGGAGCUACUGUAUAUGGCGCUUUAGCUGGUGAUUUAUUUUAUAGAUGUCAAUAUAUUUUAAAUGAUCAAAAAAUUGGUCAUUAUAUGCAAUUACCACCAAAAGCUGUUUUCAUAUCACAAAUAUUUGGUGAAAUUUUAGGAGUUCCCAUUAAUUAUGCUGCUUUUAAAUGGGUUGUUUCUUCAAAAAAGCAAUAUUUAGAUGGAACAUUAAAAGAUCCUUCAAAUAUUUGGACAGGUCAAUCAAUUUCAUCUUAUCAAACUACUGCAAUUCAAUAUGUUGUAUUAGGACCAGCAAGAAUGUUUAAAUUAUAUCCUGUUUUACCAUAUGGAUUUUUAGUUGGUGCAUUAGCUCCAGUAUUAUUUUUCACAUUACAUAAAUUAUUCCCUAAAUCAUUUUUAAAAUUUAGAUUAUGGAAUACAACUGUUUUUUUUUCAACAAUGGCAAAUUUUUAUGGUAAUAUAUCAACAGGUUAUUUAUCACAAUUUAUUGGUGGUACAAUAACAAUGUUUUAUUUUUAUCGUUAUAAACAUUUAACUUGGAAAAAAUAUAAUUAUUUAUUAGCUGCUGCUAUUGAUACUGGUUAUAAUUUAGCAGUUUUAUUAAUUUUUAUAAUUUUUGCAUCUGGUAAACUGAUACCAAUGCCUCAUUGGUGGGGUAAUAAUGCUGUUAGUGUAGAGAGAUGUUUUGCAUAUGCAGAAGCAGAUAGUUGA